UAUUUCUUGCUGCCUGGUGCCUCCAGGGAUUCCACACGCACUUGUGCGAUACCAUUUUGCUGACCACUUUACUUCAAGGUGAAGCGAAACGAUGAAUCUUCCUCCAUUCAAUCCUGCAUUGCCUCUUGUUGAAUUACCUGCGGAGCAUUACACAGAUCUUCUGAGUGGAACAGUGAAAUGCUGGUUCGAGGAUCGAGGGUUUGGCUUUAUCACACCUGAUGGUGGCCAAGAAGAUGUUUUUGUCCACAAGAAGGUUUUGAAAGAUGGGCAAAGUCUCAUCAUUGGCAGCAACGUGAUGUUCAAUCUGAUUUACGAUGCAGACCGAAGACGCUUUCAGGCCACCCGAUGCUUUGGUGCAACGAUCCCGCCAGAGUCGCAGGUGCAUGAACGGAAAUGGCCUUUCUCUUUGGCAGAUCCAUGGCAAGAGCUUUACAGACCAGUUGGGGCUGAGCAUCUUGGAACCCAUUUGGAUGGUGUGCCAGAGCCUCUCCAAAGUGAGAGCAUGCCCGAAGCAGUCACAGCCAAAGCAGAAGUCAAGGAUACGACAGAGACGACCAAGGUGAAGCCCACUUCCAUUUACGAAUUCUUCGAGGACGACGCAAUGAUUUGAUUUUGACAUUUGACCAUUCUUGACCCAUUUUGCUCAUGAUUCGAUGAAUUUGAUUUCUAGAUCAGUUUCUUGGCUUUGAGGAUUUUGAAGUCAGUAGGGCUUGCUGGGAGACCGGCAUUUCGAUUUGCCACGGCUCCCGCCUGCGACUUUUGCGCAAGCCGGACCAUAGACGCAAAGGACGCCAAGGAAUGAAA